UCGGCGUAUCUGCGCAUGCGUGACUCUGUCCUCUAGUCUAGUCUCAGCGGUUAGCUGCGGUAAAGCGCGUAGCAGUGUUUACUUUUGCACGACCUGAGUUCAUAUUCAUAUUCAUCACUGUAUAAUUCGCUUGUUGACGAUGGCAGGAACUCUUGCACGUAAAGCCGUGGAUCAUCUCCGCAGUAAAGAGUUCAGAGAGUAUCUCAUGAGGUCACACUUCUGGGGUCCGGUGGCCAACUGGGGUUUGCCCAUCGCUGCCAUCAGUGACAUGAAGAAGAGCCCCGAGAUCAUCAGCGGCAGGAUGACCUUCGCUCUGACGUGCUACUCGUUGCUGUUCAUGCGCUUCGCCUAUAAGGUCCAGCCGAGGAACUGGCUUCUGUUCGCCUGCCAUCUGACCAAUGAGACGGCCCAGCUCAUCCAGGGCAGCAGACUCAUCCGAUACAACAUGGAGCAGAAGACGGUCAAAUGAUGAGGUUUCAGCGCCACGGUCCCCUCGUCUCUUCAGAUCAAACUAUCUUUUCUGUUUAAUGCAAAUAAAUAAUCCUAGAUGA